UGCCGGUGAGAAGGUUUUAAUAACCCGGCCAUCCACUGACACUGUCCUGAGGCACGACCAGGCCAUGCAUAACCUCCUACAAAAUCUCUACCUGCUGGCACAAUCCGAGAACGAGGCUAUGUUUGUCAUCUCUCAGUUCAAAUAUGACAACUACCUGGCUAUGUCACAAGAUGUCUUCAAUGGCCACCUGCUGCCUAUGCCUGAUAAACUUGGAGAACUGAAUAAAGACUACGGGAACUUUGACCUUCUAAUCGUCCAUCGCAAGUACGGACUGAUGGUUGUAGUGGUCAGGGCUUGUAGUCCUGAGCCUGGAGACGACAACGAAGAGAAAGAUGAUUCAAAUAUUUUUGAAGAAAUAGAUAGUGGAGUCAGACAACUACAAAACGCAGAACACAUGCUCCAACAUGUCCUGUCUGACCAACACUGGGAUGUUCAUGUUCGCAAGACAUUGAUGUUACCGAAUGUUUCACAAGAGAUUCUUCGUCGUGUGCUGAAAAGGAACAAUAUGGAGAGGCUGGUAGAUGUUGAAGGGAGAUUGAAUGUACCACCACCAUUAUUCCACAGGGAUAAACUAAAGACUGGACGCCCUACCCGAGCUGCUUGUCUUCAAGACAAAUGUCUGUGGGCUGAACAGCUUAACAAUGGCAACACUACAUGGCAUCUGAAACAGUUGAUGAACUGUGGAUUAACAAACCUCGACUUCAGUCCUAUUAUCACCCAUGAACAAUAUCUUACAGUGAUUUCCAGGUUCUGUAGUCCAGUCUUAGAAUUUUCCCUUUCUCUGCCUGACAUCAUACCACGUGACAUUCUUCCAGUAACAUGUGAACACGCUGUGUGUCUCACCGGGGACCUUUUUGAAAAUCCGAUAUUGCACGAAGGACACUUGUUUCUGCUGGAGGAAGGCUCACCUCGAGUCGGUCUUCUUGGCCCGCCAGGCACAGGGAAGACAAGAACGCUAGAGCUGAUGGGACGAAGAUGGCGGUCGCAGGGUCAUGACGUCUUCGUGGUGUCCACGUGGACGACAAGUCGCGCGGCCUCGCGCAUGCUCUUCGAGAUUCUCAGCACGACGAGGGAUGGAGGUCGCGUGAAGCAAGGGUCACGAAAGGGGCGGGUCACCCUCAUGGAGUUUGAUUUAAUGAAGGAGAGCGUCACAGAGGUUGUCCAAAAAUUGGAGGACAUGUCACAGAAAGGAAAAUUAUUCAUCCUGUGCGAUGAAGCGGAACCUGACAGCAAUUCUUCGUCCUUCAUGACUUUGUGUGAGAACCUUUUGGAAAAGGUGCCAGCACUACAUCUGUGGUACGCCAGUUGUUUCCAUCUCAAAGUGGCAAGUGGUUGGCAAGGAAAACAGUUUGUUGAGCCUGUAAGCUGCCCACCAGCAGUACUGCGAGAACAACAACUGCUGCAAUUAGCUAAUGACUGUCAAAUGACAGAAUGGACACACACCUCUAAAAGACAAGCGCCAACAGAAGGACCGAUGAUUAAGCACGUGCACCACACCGGGGAUGGCCAUUCUGGUGAAGAUCCCAGUGAUUGUGCGAUCUGCUCCAAUGAAGUGGUCAACUACCUCCAGUCCUUAUUUACUGAAACAUCGGUUCAACCCUCUAUACCUGGGUCAUCAGUUGUCAACAGUCUCCAUUCUCCUCCAGUAGACGGAUUGUCGGCCUUACACCUUUACCAAGACGAUGUGCUUGUGUUGACUGAGGGCGAUGUUAGGACCGAUGCGAUGCUCCUACAAGUGUUGGCAGACCGUGGCUUCACCACAGAACAUUUUCAGGAGAGCAGUCUGGAGACAUUUUUCAAAGACACAAGUGAACGUGUGCUGAUUGCGAAAGGAAAACAUCUUCGUGGCAUAAAGAAGAAAGUGGUGAUUUAUUUGGAGUCCGAUCAAAAGGAUUUAAAUUUAAUGGAAUUUAGCCCCGUUUCAUUUAGGUCGUCUGAUGAUUUUGAAAAACUGAACCGACUACGUAGUCUAACCAGUUGUACUUCUCAGCUAAUCUGGGUUACAGUCCCAAAGAGUUCAUGGCUUUGAGAGACUAGAAUUUAUUCUUUUCUUAGUUUAAACGAAAACAGAUAGCAGUGUCAAACUACGAAUACAAUGUAAAUUCACCAAAUUAAUUACAUUUGAUAAAAUCUGUCUUUUUUUUUUUUUGCUCUGAUUAGUAUAUACUUCAUAAAAAUUUCAAAAAGACCUUCUCUGCUUUUUUCUGGAGGGAUUGAGAAAAAAACCAAGGAAAUGUCUGCUUAAUAUAAAAAUUGCAACAUGUACAUGUGUGUUCUCCUUUUAGUGUUAUAUAUAUAUAUGUCAAAUACAUUUCCGUCCAGUGGAAGAUGUGUACGUACGUAUACACAACAUGCACAUACGAUACAUUAGUAUGUCCAGUAACGCAGAUAUCUGUUUCUGUUUUUAUUGUAUGUAGUUCAUGUGCAAAGAUUAUUUGGUGUAAGCAGAAACAUUUUCUUCGCAUUUAAUAAAAAAAUUUACAAUUAAGUCUUUUUAACACAGUUUCAGAACGGUAUUUAUAUGCAUGCAUACACAUGCCUGCUUCAAGUCUUUUUUAAUUUUUUUUUUUUAGAACAUCAAAAUAAUUCUAACAAAUAAAGAUACUGAGGUAAAAUUAGUUGGGUGUUUUCUUGACUUUGCAUUCCACAAGUUAAUUCCUGAAACCGGUUAUACUGUUUUACUUUGGACUAUGUCUUGUAUACUGGAUGAAAGUGAUUCAUGUGAAUGCUAAGUGUUACCCCUACUUUCCUAUAGUGCUUUUUCCCUUCCAUCUUCUCCCUUAACUUUGCGAUCACAUUUAGAGAAAUCUCUUUCAAUUUUGACAUAUUUAAUAUUGUUACAAGCCUUAAGUAAAAUGUAUGUGUCAUAGUAACCUUAAAAAUGUAUUUAUCCAUAUUUAAAGACUAAUUACUUAUCUCUCACUCUCCCUCCCAAUCGUCAAACCUAUUCUAUCUAGUAAGUUGGACCUCUUAAGUUAGUUUUUAUUACUACGGAGCUGUAAAAUCAAUUAAAGUUUCAAUUUUGACUAGC